UCCAACGCAACUAACUUCAACAUGAGACUGAUCGUCCUGGUGGGCGCCCUCGCGGCUCUGGCCUCCGCCGCCCCCCGUCCCGACUCUCCUCCCGUCUACGGCGCUCCUCCCCCGACCUACAAGCAGCCAGGAAUGCCCUUCGAGUUCGCCUACGCCGUCAACGACGACUACUCAGGCAACAACUACGCCCACCAGGAGACCAGCGACGGUCACGUCACCUCCGGAUCCUACAGCGUGGCUCUUCCCGACGGCCGAACCGAGAUCGUCGAAUUCACCGCCGAUCACGACAACGGCUACGUCGCCAACGUUAUCUACGAGGGAGAGGCCUCAUACCCCGCCCCCGCCCCCUACCACCCCGCUCCAUCCCCAGCUCCCCCGCCCCCACCCACCUACGCCUAAACGCACCACACUAACGCAAGAUCAUCGGUAAAACCCAAAGCAUGAAACUGAAAAAUCCCAAAGUCAAAACCCAACUUUGUAUUUUCUUGCUUGAUUUUUUCGCAAGUUCAUCAUAACUCCAUGACCUCUCCUCAUCCAUAAACUUCCUUGUUGUUACGUUUGUAAUGCAUUCACUCUGUAACUAUUGCCAUAUGUAAAGUGCUGACGGACGGAUGUCAUUUGGCACUUUCGUUAUGUUGUUAUUCUUGUAAAUAAAGGCAGAUUUACGAAAA